ACUAGUGUGCAGAAUACUUUUUUUUAACGAAAUUGAAUAUCAAUCUCAGAAGAAGACUUUAUUAAUCCCAAACGUGGACAUUACUUAUGUUUUGGUGUCAAAAUGCGUCAACGUGCGGUUUGUUUUUGGAUAUCGAGUUAUCCUGGAAAGUCUUUGAAUGUCUUAAAUUCUAAAUGUGAACACAAAUUGCAGCCAGAAGUUAUUUUACAGAUUAUAACUCUGUUUUAUUAGAUUAUUAUUUAGGUUUGGAGCUGCUGCCGUGCUUAUUUGAAAGAUAUAAACAAGAUUAUUUUCAUAAUAAUACAAUAUCCAUCACUUUACUAUAUUAAAUUACAUUCAAUAAUGCUGCUUAAAUUAUGUUAUAUUUUAAAAUAUGCGGCUAUGUCAUAUAAAAAGGACAGUUUUGAUAUUGCAUAAUAGUAGUCAGCCCAAUUUAAAAUCCAUUUAUAUAAAAUACAAUGUAUUUUUCAUCUGGUUCUUGAAUCCUUAACGUUUUGUUUUCGGGAGAUUGUUUCCACUUGUAGCCGAUAAAGUCCACAUUGUUUCAAGGAUGUUAGAAUGCUAUCUUAAUACUGGGGGGAAGGCUCAUUAGGCAGGUUGUUGAGAAUCACCUCCUCUCUCUCCAUCCUCCCACUCUCCCAAAUCCACUGGGGAGAUCUCCUGCUUCUGAUUGGUCGGUGAUGAGUCAACGAGGAGGGGGGGUGACGGGAACAAUGUCAUCAUGUCGCCUUUAAAAAGAGUGCAGCUAUGUUUGUGGUGAAAGGAAUCAGAACAGGGAGCAGAACGGACGAUCAGUAGCGGCAGAAACAGACGCGGCAGAAACAGACGCGUCAGAUGUCCUGAAAGUGCAUCUGCUCCCUUCCCCAAAAAACAGUGCCUUCCGCUCUCCAUCCAGCAGAAACAUGCCCAGAGGAUUUUUAGUGAAAAGGAACAAGAAACCAAACCCGGUGUCGUACCGCGUCCGCGUAGAGGAUGAAGAGCCUUCAGCUGCUGCCGUGCCACCUCCACCUCCCCCGCUCCUGCCGCGUCCCUCCUGGGUGCCUCUCGCAUCCUUCCCGGUGCGCGCACAGACUCCCACGUGCGGGGCGGUGGCUCCGGAGCGCUUGGAGAGACCGGUGCAGUUCGGUAACCCCGAGGCAGUGUACCAGGCUCUCUACAGCCCCACGCGCCCCGUCAGCCAGGACCACGAGCGCUCCUACGAGAGGCGCUUCAACCUCUCCGCCGCUUCCUUCCCCACCGGAGCGGCCCUCCCCGCGGCGCUGGACCGCCCCUUCGCCCCGGUGGAUCUGAAAAUCGGUUCCAGCAACAGCAGUCGCACCGGAACCUUCAGCGUCACCGCAUCCACCGCGACGCUCCCCACAAACACAAAGCGGCAUUCAAGCGACACCGAGCGCAAAGGAAAACCAGCAUCCAAGAAAACCAAAACGAUCCGGAAACUGCACUUUGAGGAUAACGUCACCACGUCUCCGGUGCUCGGGCUCAAGAUUAAAGAGCCGGUGGACCGGAAGCCCCCCAGUCUCACCGGGGAGGAAUACAUCCCGCUGGGGGAGUUCGUCUGCCAGCUGUGCCGCGAAGAAUACGCGGAUCCUCUCGCCCUCGCGCAGCACAAAUGCUCCAGGAUCGUGCGCGUGGAGUACAGGUGUCCCGAGUGCGACAAGGUGUUUAGCUGCCCGGCGAACCUCGCGUCGCACAGGCGGUGGCACAAACCCAAGCAGCAGCAGAGUGUCGUGCAGCAGCAUUUGGAGAGCGACAAAUCUGCCGCGUCCGGUAAAACAGCAGCAGCUUUGGAUGAAGCGAAGGAUUCUAGUGACAGAGACACAACCAGCCCGGGACCCUCAGAGUCCGGGUCUGAGGAGGGGCUUUAUGAUUGUAACCAGUGCGGGAAAAAGUUUAAACGCCAAGCUUACCUGCGGAAACACCUGGCGUCUCAGCACUCUAAAGUAACGGAGGAUGACGAAGCAGCAGCGGCAGCGGUGCGCGAACAGAGCGCAGCACCGCUUAACCUGAGCGCCUGCCACCUGUGUCCGGUUUGCGGGGAAAACUUCUCGAACCGGGGCAGCCAGGAGCGUCACGUCCGCCUGCUGCACUCCUCCCAGGUGUUCCCGUGUAAAUACUGCCCCGCGGUGCUCUACAGCUCCCCGGGGCUCACGAGACACAUCAACAAGAGCCACCCGUCCGAGAACCGGCAGGUGAUCCUGCUGCAGGUCCGGUAAUCUGCUUUCACACCGGGACACACAUCCCGAUCUGUUCCUGAGAGGGGUUUUUAGAGAUACACUGCAAACAUAUCUGGUUUAUUUCAACGUUUGGGCUGCUAAAAUCUGACUUUUUGGUAAAAUUGAGUGGAAAAGACAUGGCACUUGGGUGGGAGGCAGUAACUCCUGAUUU